ACUGUUUUCUGAAGAGUGAUGUCUAUUUCCUUGAGCUCUUUAAUUUUCUUGCCAAUGUGGAUAAACAUGGCACAAAUCCAGCAGGGAGGUCCAGAUGAAAAAGAAAAGACUACAGCAUUGAAAGAUUUGCUGUCUAGGAUCGAUUUGGAUGAACUCAUGAAAAAGGACGAACCACCUCUUGAUUUUCCUGAUACACUGGAAGGCUUUGAAUAUGCUUUUAAUGAAAAGGGGCAGUUAAGACACAUAAAAACUGGGGAACCCUUUGUUUUUAACUACCGAGAAGACCUACACAGGUGGAACCAGAAAAGAUACGAAGCUCUGGGCGAGAUCAUCACAAAAUAUGUCUAUGAGCUCCUGGAAAAGGACUGCAAUUUGCAAAAAAUCUCUAUUCCAGUAGAUGCCACUGAAAGUGAACCAAAGAGUUUUAUCUUUAUGAGUGAGGAUGCUUUGACAAAUCCACAGAAACUGAUGGUUUUAAUUCAUGGUAGUGGUGUUGUCAGGGCAGGUCAGUGGGCUAGAAGGCUUAUUAUUAAUGAAGAUCUGGACAGUGGCACACAGAUACCUUUUAUUAAGAGAGCUGUGGAUGAAGGGUAUGGAGUCAUAGUCCUGAAUCCAAAUGAAAACUAUAUUGAAGUGGAAAAGCCAAAAAUGCACAAACAGUGGUCUUCUGAUGGCACGGAUGAGCCAGCAGAGAAGCGGGAAAGGAGAGAUAAAGUCUCAAAAGAAACAAAGAAGCGCCGUGAUUUCUAUGAGAAGUACCGUAACCCCCAAAAGGAGAAAGAAAUGAUGCAGUUGUUUAUCAGGGAAAAUGGUUCUCCUGAAGAACAUGCAAUCUAUGUUUGGGAUCAUUUCAUAGCCCAAUCUGCUGCUGAGAAUGUGUUUUUUGUUGCUCACAGCUAUGGAGGACUUGCUUUUGUUGAACUGAUGAUUCAACGAGAAGCAGAUGUAAAAAGUAAGGUGACUGCUGUGGCAUUGACAGACUCUGUUCACAAUGUGUGGCAUCAAGAAGCUGGCAAAACCAUCCGAGAAUGGAUGAGAGAGAACUGUUGCAACUGGGUCUCCAGCUCAGAACCAUUGGACACAUCUGUGGAGUCCAUGCUGCCUGACUGUCCCCGAGUCUCUGCAGGCACCGACCGCCACGAGCUCACUUCCUGGAAGAGCUUCCCGUCCAUCUUCAAGUUCUUCGCGGAGGCGUCGGAGGCCAAGAGCAGCUCGCAGAAGCCGGCCCUGACGCGGCGCUCGCACCGGAUCAAGCACGAGGAGCUGUGAGCCCGCCGCCGCCGCCGCCGCCGCCGCCGCCGCCCGAGCGCCCGCAGCCUCCCGGCCCCCAUUAGAUUGCUUUCUUCCUCCAGCACAGGGUCGCGAUACGUUCGUCUAAAUAGCGUUUUGCAUUAUUUCUAGAUGAGUGCAACUGUCAAAGCAAUAUGGACUCGCAGCCGCGUCUCCUGCGGGCUGAGCCCCGGCUCGGCGCAGGGGUCGGCAGGCGGCCGAGCGCGGCCCGGAGCCCCGGAGCCCCGAGCCCCGAGCCCCGGAGCCCCGGCUUCGAACCGCCCCGCCGAGCCGCGGGCGCUGCAGCCCCAGCGGCGUCUGCGCGGUCCUACCGCCCGCUGCUGCAGGGCGGCCGCUAGUGCCCAGCCUCAACCGAGCCCGUUUUUACUCCCCCUUAAACCCAGCAAGUGUUAUUCUAGACUUCAAACUUUCAUUUUAACCAGGUUUUUCCCUCGGGUCAUCUUAUGAGCCCCUCUCUUUUAUAGAAAGCCACACACCCGGGUCCUAGAAAUGCUAACUUUAAAUUGAGAACAUGAAUGCCAUGAUGAUUUGGGGGGAGUACAAAUUGUUCUCUCCUGUAAUGACCGAUUUCCAUUUCAAGACUGAAAGAAAAACUUUGAAUAAAAAUUCAUAAAGUACUGAAUCCCAAUCCUUUUCUCUGGACAUUCCUGCUUAGUAGAACGAGUCUUUAUGUCUCUGACUUGAGGAGAGAACGUUCGAAUGAAAACGUAAGCAGGUAUUUUAGAUGCAGGUAUAAGGCCCCAUUUUCAGUGAGAUUUCUAACUUAUGAAAACUGACCCUACUGUUAAAUAUGUAACAUGAUGAGAGGCAUUUAGAUGAUACACUCAAGGCUUGCUCUCUGUACUCCAUGUGGAGCAGUGGUGGUAGUUAUUAAUCCGUACUGAGUGUGCUUGGACCUUUCUUGUAGUAAACCCUUGCGGUUACACCAUUUAUUUUUUACUGUCAUCAAGAAAAUGGAACUGCAUACCCUUGUCCUUCUGAAAGGCUAAGUAAAGUUAAAAUGUUUCAGUUUUUAUCUACAAUAGGAAAAGAGAAUGAUACUCUCUUUUAGGUCCAAAAUUUUUAGUGUUCCACUUCUUCUGAUAGGGUUUUGCCAUAUAAUUCCAACAGUUAGGUCCUUUAACCCAACUGGGAUCUGGCCAGCACUGUGAAAUACAGAAGAUAAAAUAGGUUGACAUUUUACUGGCUUUUAAAUUAAAACAUUAAACAUUAAUUACUUGAAGAAUUUAAUUAGUGAAGAUUAUAUCCAGUGGGUGAGAUUGUGAAUUUAAUACUUCCAAUCCUUUCUUAAGUAAAUUCAACAAAUAAUGUGCCUGCCUUAUUUGAGAACAUGGAAAAGUAUAUCCAAAAUUAAACCGAGGCACUGUCUAAUGCCUCAGAAGAAUAACCUGGACUCAACAAGCUUAUGGAGAAUUUUUUUAAUAUGAACUGAUUUCAGCAAGUUUUAAAACUGGUAGUAUCUCAUGUUCCUUGGCAUCUACGUGCAUUCAAUAGUUCUGUGUUUUCAGUGCCGGUGAAGUAAAGUGGCAGUGGUCAUGUCUGGUCAUCUUCUGAUAUUACUUAAGCAGAAACAACUUAAGAGGAAAAUCAAAAUGGCAUUUUACCCCCAGCUCCUGGGCAGUUUAAAAUGUGUUACUCCAACAAUGUCAAGCACAUUGCUCUGUCAUAGUGGCCCUUUACGUUUCUAAUUUUAGAAGGAUUGGUGAGCGCUGUAUAAAAAAAAAAAAAAAAAUGAUAGCUUCCCAAUGGCUGGGUUUGGAAAACUGGUGUGGAUUGAAUGUAUCUUACCAAAUGUUAUAAAUUGUCUGGUGUUUUAGUAUAUGAAAAUAUUCACAAGAAACUAAUUUUGUGACAUUAAGACAAAAGCCAACACUUAUGCAGGGAUAAAUUUGCGAAGGUUCUGCAGCUGAAUUAAAGCAAAGUAAAUGUGCUCAGCUUAUGAACCAAAGGACUCCCGGUCCUUGCCUCCAGAUCCCUCACUUGUAUAGAGAGUGUCAUUGAUUCCUUAUGAUGACGAUUUUAUAAUCACUGAAUUGUAACCUUGUUAUCUGUCUGGUAGAGAGCUAUUUACAGAGUUACAGUUUGUAAAUGUCUGUUACUAAUUGUGGCUCUGCAUUGUAGCAGUCCAUGGGAGCCAGACAAAGCACUCCAGAGAGAAGUGACUCCUUAGAACGUAGGAUUUCUUAACCUGUUGAUUGGGAUGCUGUCGGUAUAUGUGUAAUGAUACUAUUCACCUCGGUUUUCUUGGGCUAACAACAAGCAGUUGACAGUACCCCACCUGCAGAGGGGUGGCCAGUGUUAAUAUUUCUUCUCUGGUCUUCUCCCUGUUAUCUCCUUAAAAAGAUUCUAGGCACAGGGUGGUAUAAAGGUAGGCUGUGGGCUUUUUUUUUCUUUAACCAUAUACUUAGUUCUUAGAGUAAAUAGAUUGAGAAAGACAUAAAUUGGAGAUUCAGAAUACUCCUGCUGAAGCCUCAGUGCCCGGCAGCUGCUUUGGAGCUUUCUAAAGGGACCUAACAUGCAGUCCUUGAAAGUCACACUGGAUAUUUGAAAGACCAUCUACUUGUAAUAAUGUUCUUUUCUCAAAUUUCUACCUUGUGCUUCCUGGAAUGCAUUUUUGUUUAUAUGUCAAAAAUAAAUAAAUAAAGCACAGGAGUUUCCUAUAAUCUCUUUUCUGUUAACAUUUUAAAAUAAAAAAGGUUUUUCCCACAAGCAACUGUGUGUUAUUCCUCCUCAGAAGUUCUUUUUUCAUCACCUGCACAGGGGCUUUCAAAGCUCAGACCUAAAGGAAGUGAUUGGACCAUAUCCAUCAAUAUUAUAAGUUCAUAGCUAUUGUUCUUACUAUUGCUAUCACUGUGAACAAUAUCCUAACUUAGCUGGGUCUCUACUUGGCUCACAUAUGUCGUAAAGAUAACAUUUUUAGCCAAAUGUUUUUAAUAUAUAAGGAAAUUAGAACAACUUGUCUUCAGAAUGAUUUAUAAAAUAGCCACUGAUAUACAGUAAAUAUGUUUUUCAAAGGGAGCCUGGUAACAUUCAGUUGCUCCCAAACUGCUGAUGGUCAGACCUUGAUAAAGUGUGCUCAGUCCAUAACUGAGUUGUGCACAUUUCUGUUACAGCUAUUCCUUCUGAAACCUUUCACUCCUGUGAGGGGUUUUGGGUGACAGAGUGUGUUAACUAAAUUAGCACUGCUAAUUUACAACUAGAUUUUUUUCAUGUUUCUCUGUAUUGCAGAGUUCCAGUCCAAACAUGUAUGGUAUAAUCAUUGUUUAGACUUAACUGAUAGGCUCCUGUUGAAAGUAGUACUCCAAAUUCACUUAAGAAAAAUUACUAUUAAGUAACUUUCACAGCAUAAAAUUUCACAGUCUAAAUUUUUUGGAAACUUUUCUCAUGUCUUGUGGGGAGAGGCUAAAAAAUAAACAUGAGGCAUUCAUAUACUUGAAAUAUGGGUGGCAAAGGGGGUAUAAUUGUGAUACUUAUAUACCCUCUGGCAUAAUAUAAAAGACUUUAACAUACCCCUUUCAAAAAAUGUUAUACUUUCCUUCCUUCCCUGUAUAGAAUGUCUGAGUAGUCGUCUCUUGAAUUGUUCAUCUCUUUAUCUAAUAUUCUGUUAAUCUCAAAAAAUGAUCAGUUUGAAUCUGGGAAAGGGAUUUUAAUCAACACUUCACAGAGCUUAAAGCUACCCCACCUUUAGGGGUAGCUUUAGCAUUGGCUUUGUGAGGUGGUUUUAGAUUUAAACCAUUGUAACUGCUGUGCACUGUACUCGAAAAACGUACACCUCCUGGAAGAUGCUGGAAGGGGUAACACAAAAUGCGUUAAGAGAGGUCCACGAAUAGAAACAGUUAUCGAAGCAUCCCAGCAUUUAUCUUGAAAUCUGCAUUUUUAAACGGCAAAGAUAAUUUUUAAACCUCACCCUUAGAAGGGAUGGAUGUUGAUUUAAUUGAUUCCUUUGGAUCAAUGUUUUUAAAGUUUCACACCACUGCUUUCAUGAAGUGAUGUCUUUAGCAGUCAGUGGGUUGACAUGAGACUUAUCAGAUUUCAUCAGUGGGACCCUCCAUGACAUCUAAAACUAUGCCACAGCCUGUGUGAUGGUAACUUUGGGACUGGGAGAUCUCAAGGCUAAUGUGACUGGUAGAAUGAAGAAUUCUUGUUAAUUCUCGGUGUAAAGGUUUUAUAGGAAUAAUAAUGGAAAAUGAAGCGCAAAAGCUUAAGAUUUGCUAUUUAGAGAAAGCUGUCCUGAAGGUCUGGUCGAUAACUGGACAUCGCAGAGUGGCCAGUAUUCCCCUGUGGAUGUAAAACUUAGACGAUGAACAUUUGACUUAAUCCAUGAUAUCGUUUCAGGCAACUUUUCUUGGACCCUUGCCUUGAAGUUUGUGGAAAACCUUUCACUAUACUCUUUGUAUUAUUGGAAUUGAACUUUUUUAAAAUAGCUAUGAAACAUGUUUCUAGGAAGAAAUGUAUGAAGGUCAUGCACCUGUCUGUCCAGAUCAUUCAGCUUUUCCUUCCAUAGCUGUUACAUUGGGUGACAUGCAAAAUUGUCAUAGGUAAAAUGAUAUUGAACUUACUCUGUGACCAAAACAAAGAAUCUGAAGUGAAAAACACCCAACACCCCAAGAACGAUAUGUCUCCCUUAAAGUUUACAAUUUGAAUAAUGAACUCAGAUGGAAAGUUGGCAGGAAAGCAAACCACGGCACCGUCACAUCACAAACCAUUUUCACUUUUCUGUCCAAUUUCAGAGUGCAUGUGUUUGUGAGUAUUUCACUAGAUCAGUGACAGCUCUUUAUUUGCAUAAUUAUAUGCUCUGGUCUGAAGAGAAAACUAACCCCCAAAUUUCAUGGGUCACCAGACUGCAACAAUCAAUGUUUUAUCACGUAUGCGAAGCAAAAUCUAAGAAGCUAUAUGAAGUUUCUUGGGGAGUUUUUACUCCUCAGAAAAUUAAAGAGUUUUCCUCUCCUGAAUAGAUUCAAAAUCUUUCCAAGUUCUUUGUAACAGAAUUCUGUUUGAAGGCACAAUCAGAGAUUAACAUGUAGAUGUGAUUGUGGACUCACAAACAUUGCUUCAAAGUGGUUUAAGAAGAACAGCAUUUUUGCUGCACUAAAAUUAAAAUUCUUCAUACUAUGAGGAAAAAGUAUUGGUCAAAUUAUGAUUUGCCAAAAUGAAGUCCAAAUUAAUUACCAUUGAAUAUGAAGUUCAUUUCCUUUCUUAAAAUACCUCAGGGUUUUUUUUAAGACCAAAUAGAAAAAAAGUUAUGUGCAUAUAUGCAUAUAUAUGUCUCACAUAUACAUAGCUUUGUAUGGAGUACUUAUGUCCAUUCCUGUUCACUUCAACUGAAAUCUACAGACAACAUAUACAAUAUGUGUAUGUCUAUUCAGUGCCUGUAACAUAGUAGGUGCUCUGUAUAUGCUGGUCUCCAUGAAAGUUGGUAAUUUUUUUUUUAUGAAAUAGACUUUUCAUGCUCAAAAUCUUCAAGGCAUUGCAAUAUAUAUUUUUAAGUGCUUCAAACUUGUUUUGCAUCUGUAAAUUUCUGCUGGUAUGCAAUAUGUAUGUGUGUAUGUGUAAGGCUGGCUUUAUUUCAUUAAAGAAAAUUGAUUUAAACUACUAAUGUCUAUAGUUUGUAGGCACUCUGCCAAUUUUGAAUACAAAAGAGCAGACCAUGGCUUCUUGUUGUUGUUGUUUUAUGGCAUUAUUAAAAUCCUGGAAAAUCUG